AUGAAUGAUAUAAUGAAUAAUUGUAAUCCGAACUUCCGCUCUGAAGAACCCCGGCGUCAGCUAACUUUAAAUGGAGUUAGUUGGCCUGUAAGAACAACAGAGGAAACUAUAUCUGCACCGCCAAUAUCCCCACUUUCGUUUGCUUUCAUGUCAGAGGAAGAACGAACGGCACUCAAUUUUCCCGGGAGACAUUUCCAACCAGAGAUAAAUCGUCCAGGGAACAUCUCAAAAAGUGCUUCGUUUACCCCAGAACCUUCAUUGGAUUCAACUCCACCAUUCAAUCGAAAAACAUUCAAAAUAGAUGAUCUACUUGUCGUCGACGACGACGAAGAUGAUGAUGAUUCUCCACCGUCUGCAAAUAGCUUUGAACCAAAAGCUCAUCUCGGAUGGGCUUCGUUCGGUGAAUCUAUCUUACCGUCACAACCCCCUUCUCCUCCUGAGCCUGCCAAACACACUUCUGCGCCAGUUCCGUUAAAGAGAAAAGUUUACGUUGUUCGUCAGCAAAAUAGAGAGAAAGAUACAUCUCAUCACGUUGUCACUCACAAUGAUAACAUGCCAGACCCACCAAAAGCAGAUAGUCCACCAAUCACCACUAUCAAUGAUAUUUCUGACUCGGAUGCAGAUGUGGAUGUUGUCGGGAUUGAUGAAGAUAAUUCAAUCUCGAUAGAAGCAAACGAAGAUGGAAAUCCACCAGAUCUACCUCCUCAAAGUUCAAUUGGUUCUCGAUUUAGCUACAAAUCCAAAAAAGCUCGUUUCCGCUACGAUUCCGAAGAGGAAGAGAUGAUCAAUGCACGGUUCUUGUGCAACAUUUCACCUCCACCUUUGCUUGAAGCUCAAGCAACAAGUGGCUCCAUUUCAUCAGCCAAAGACAAUGCUGGCGCAGAUGAAGAGAAAAAGUGUGAGGACGGACAGAUUGAACAACGAUUAGGAUUGGAAGAGCUCAAUUCAGCUCAAAUACUCAAAACGAAAGUCUCGUCGAGUACUAUACCUGUUCUUCCGCUUUCUAAAUCUAUAAUGGAACGGAAAAAAGUGGCAAUCGAAAUGACAAGACAUGCUGUGAUCAAAAAAUACAACUCUCCAAGUUUCAAAAACUUCACAGUUGCUCCGAAAAGUGUUCAAAUUCCUGCAUACAAUGAUAAUACACCGAUGACAUUGUAUUCAAACAUUAAUAAGCCACUGAAUAGUAUAUCUAAAGAUGUCCGAGGUAGAUGCGUUCGAUGUCGAGAUAGAAGUCCAGUAGACAUGUCCACUUUCAAAUUUAUCGAUGAUACUACAGUCGUAUCUGUUCGUGCACAUCUUUGUGAUCAAACACGAGUCAUGAUUGCUAGAACAGCAAUGUGGAAUCGUGAAUACUCGAAGCGGCUCGGUGAUCGUGCUGCAGGAACGGUCUGGCAGAGACCGGACGAAGUGACAGCUCAGAUGACUGGAUUUUGUAGUGCCACUAAAAAUGAACUAGUUUCAUUGAAAUCCACAUUUGGAACGGAGAAAUUUCUCGGACAAACCAUGAGAACACCUCAUGUGCUCACUCACUAUUACGCUCAAAAAUCGCAAUCUAUAGCAGGAAGCCGCCGACCGUCCAGUUCUAACAUCGCUCCUCCCAUUCCAAGAAUGGGGAAUCCUCCAGUAGAAACUGAGAAGAACGAAGAUGAAGAUAGGAGACAUCAUCCUCUCACGUACUAUCAACCUUCAUCCAGUUUUCCAUCUUCCACGAGCUUUCAAUCUUCUUCUCCGUCUGUUAGCCCUCCAGAAUCAUUGGUUCCGCCAUUGAAAAAAACAGUUCUACGUUGGACAUCAAUCCAGACUCCGAGAAUACUUCGUCCACCAAAUCCAUCAUACGUCGUUCCCAAGAUGGCUGUGAUUCCAGUUAUGAAGAAAGUAGAUUCGACUCCACCCAAAAAGGAGGAAAUAGUUAUGACUGGUCCGAGGAAAAGAGGUCGUCCAAGGAAGAUCAGACCAUCUGAGCUGACAGUUCAUCCUAUACAACCUUCUACUCGCCGUUUGAGAUCUUACAAGAAGGAACUCUGUGAGAUUGAUGAAGAUGUCGUGGACGUUGUUGAAGGUCUUGUUUCGAAAGUCUCCGGAACGUUUUCCAUCAAUAAAUCAUAA